AUGUCAAGUAAUGAUCCUCCUGGUGUGAUUAUCACUGAUCAGGAUGCUGCCAUUGCACGAGCUAUCUUAGAGAAAUUGCCUCGUACGUUGCAUCGAUUUUGUUUGUGGCACAUCCUUAAUAAAUUUCCUGAAAAGAUGAACUCUUUACUAUACCACGAGCAUUAUCACAAGCUUGUACAUAUUAUUAAGGAGUCAGAAUCUGGUGAGGAAUUUGAACAUCGAUGGAUGGAGGUAAUGGAAUCUACAGAGUUGAAGAGUAACGAGUGGUUAAGUGAUCUCUACACAAUACGUCAUCGAUGGGUGCCAACCUAUGUUAAAGAUGUCUUUGCUGCAGGGAUUUCCAGUAGUCAACGAGCUGAGAGUAAUCACUCUUUUUUCAAGCGGUAUGUGAAUCACAAAAAUUCUUUGAUUGAUUUUAUUAUGCGAUUCAAUAGGGCGCUUGUUAACCAGAGACAUGAAGAGCUAGUUGCAAAUCACACCGAUAUUAAUGAAAGACCGCGGCUGAUUACAGGUCUUUUAAUGGAAAAUCAGAUGACAUCCAUUUAUACGAAAACAAUAUUCUUAUUGUUUCAGAAAGAGUUGCAACAAAGUAUGUUGUAUCUUUGUACCGUACUUUCUAGCACGGAUGCAUAUUCUAAGUACAAGGUGAAGAGAUUUGAGUUAGGAGAAACAUUCAACCGAGAGCGUGAAUUGACAUACUACACUUCCUCUGAUUCAAUAUCAUGUAGUUGUCGAUUGUUCGAGUUUGAGGGAUAUCCAUGUCGCCACAUGCUUUGUUGGAUGAGAGUUCAACAAAUCAUGAUGUUGCCAGAUAAAUAUAUACCUCAAAGAUGGACAAAGUUGGCAAAAUCUACUGUAUUGUAUGAGCAUAUAGGCUUUGCUAAAGGUCAGUCAUUUACUUCAAGGCGGGGAGCAUUAUCUCAUAUGGCAAUGGAUAUAGUCGAUAAGUGUUCUUUAACGGAAGCUUCUAGCAAUUUUUUGAUGAUAGAAUUGGAAAAGUUGAGGUCUAAAGUCAAAGAUUUUGAUAUUGGUGGCAAUACAAGCAAGCCAGUGAAUGAGAGCGACAGACAUGAAUCUGUACAAAGUGUUCAAGAUCCGAAUUUGGUGCGAGCCAAAGGAUGCGGCAAACGACUGAAAUCAUCAAAAGAAAAAGCAAUGUCUCAAAGCAACAGAAAUUGUAGUAUUUGUAGUCAGAAUGGUCAUGAUAAGCGAACAUGCCCACGAAUCAACAAAAAAUGUUACAAUUGA